AUGGAGAGCCUCGACUUGGAAGUGACUCAGCAGAGUCAACUUCUCCUAAUUUUGCCAUAUAUCGAUCCAGACGCCGUCAGUUAUCUCAGAAUUGAGAGAUAUGGGAGUAGAGAUGUGGCACUGAAAAGUGACGACAUGGUGAAGCUAGAAAAUUGGAAAAAGAUGGGAAAUUCUAUUCAUAUCGGGUUGAAUAAUGGAAAUAUUGGAGAUUUUCUCAAUUUUUCGGAUAUUUAUGUCAAGUUUCCGAUGAUAACUGUGGAAGACUUGGUAUUUUUGAAAGAGACAUUUCUCAAUUCCUCCCACAUGAAUUGUGUCUAUCUCCAAGUGGUCACCCCCUUUGACUUACCGGAGCUCUUGGAAGUUUUCGGACCGACUGAAAAUGAUAUCAACUAUAUGGGAAGCCACCGGAAGAGAUGGUUCUUCAAAUGCUACAGUAAGCCGGAGGAUAUUUUAUCGAUUGAUUUCAAUCCGAGGUGUUUACAGUUUCAAAGAGAGAAUUGA